AUGGCCGUGGCGUCCCCACCUGCCUUUCAGAGCCGGCGCACGCGCCUCGCCAUCCUGCUGUGCUUCUGGCUCGCGCUGGCGCUCAGCGUUCCGUCGUGGAUCCGGCUGACGACGAUCGAGCGUCUGGCGCUGCCCACACGCCAGGUGCAGGCGCUACCAACCGCCGACACGUGUCCGAUCACAUUUGCGGCGUCGCUGGGUGUCCUUGUCCAUCCGUCGAUCCUGCCCGCUGCAGCCGACCAGCACGACAGCUUCCUCGGCGAGGUCGAGACGCUCGUGCGGCAGAGUCUGGCGCUCAAGUCCCAGACGCCCGCGGCGGCUAGUCUCGAGUGCACCACAUGGACGGUACAUGCGCGGUCGCUCGCGAGCAGCUCGACGCGCGACAAGACGCAGUACGCGGUUCGGGUGCUCGACGCCAACUCGCGCGAUGCAGCCGGCGAUGGAGACCUGCCGAGCGUCGUGCUACAGCAAGAUGCAGCAGUACCGCUCGUUCCGGACGUGGUUAGUGCAGCAGUAGUCGCUGAAGUGCUCGCGCUGCGCGGGGAUAAAGUCGGGUCGGACGAGGCGGUGCAGGAUGCGCGCGUGAUCCAGUACAGCAAGCACGUGCGGCUGGUAUUCAGCAUCAUGAACCAGGACGCUUCGGACAGCACGGCGUACGACAGCGCGCUCAUCCAUGCGCUCGCGCGACCGCAUGCGGCGAAUCCAAUCACAAGGCUACAGCGAGAGCUGGAGGGGCUGCAUACUUUCCACGUCGAAACGCAGGUGCAGUGGUUUGCGCCGCUCGCCUUCCGGCCGACGCACGAGGUGCUCGAGGAGAUCGUAGAGACCGAGGUGGACGAACUCGUCAUGGUCCAGCACGAGGUCGAGCACGAUGUCGAAGUCGACGCAGAUGCAGAUGCCGACGAUGCAGAAGAGGGCGAGGUGGAAGAGGAGCUGGGGAAGAGAAAGGUGGUUCGAGAGAAGCGGAUGAUCGAGGUUCCGACGGUGCAGAGGGUGGUUAAGCAGGUUCGAACGGCGCUGCCACCACGUCAUGUCGUCGAGUGGGACGAUCUCAAGGUGUUUGUCAACUCGGAGGAUUGGGCGCUCACUUCGACUGUGCCGCCCACGGCGCCGGGAGAGGAGGACGUUGCGAAUGGGAGGCCGUUCGACGUGCUUGCGCAGACGCACGAUCUGCAUUUUUUGUUGUAUGUGCCGGCGCGCUCGUCGUCGCCGCUGCACAUCCGCACCGCUUCGGGCGAGAUCAGCCCCGACCACGCCUGGCUCGUUCCCCAGUGGGGCGGGGUGGUCAUCCUCAACCCGCCGCACUCCAAUUCGAGCUUAGACACGGCGGGGGCGGGAAAGAUGCGCCAACUGCCCGCCGAGCUUGUGCACGAUGCCAUCGGGGUGUUCUCACGCCAGCUAUCGAUUCUGUUGGGUCAUGAUGGCAAGGAAACGCUGGUGCAGAGACGCACGCUGGAACUUGCAAGAGAAGCCACAUCGACGCUACGUGCCAUCGUCGGGUUGGUGGAUAAGAUCCACAACCUAGGCGUGGGUACCCAGGUCCAGCAAGACACCCAAACCGCCCUAGCCAUCCUCCAGGCCCUGCCGAAUCCAGUCAUCGACAUCCACGCCGCCCUAAAGCAGGUGGAAAGAGCAGCGGCGCUGGCGAAUCGUGCGUUCUUCAAUCCAGCCAUGCUGGGCCUCUUGUACUUUCCCGACGAACACAAGUACGCCGUCUACACGCCGCUCUUCGCCCCGCUCCUCAUCCCGCUCCUCGUAACCACGCUCAAACUCCUCUCGUCCCGCAAGUAG